ACAAUUUAUUGAUCUAACAUAUGAAUAUGAAAUUAAUUACCAAAGUUUUAUAAUAAAUAAUUGAAUUACAUAAGUAUGUCUUACAUUAAUUUAUAUUUAAGUGCUGAACGGCAUGGAAAGGAUACUGGUGAAGACACGAUAUUGGAUUUAUCAUCACACCAAUUGGAGUCCGUUCCAGAUAUUACUAUCAAAUACUUGCAUGUAUUAUAUUUACAAGAUAACAAAAUAGAAGAAUUGCCCAACGAUUUUUUUCCAACUCUUCCUUAUUUAACAUGGCUUGAUUUACGUAAUAAUCGACUCAUGGAAAUCCCAAAAUCUGUUAGAAAUCAUCAAAAUUUGACACAUUUAUUAUUACAAAAUAACUUAUUACAAGAAAUACCAAACGAGCUGGGGUCUUUAGGUACAUUAAAAGUGCUCCAACUGAACGGAAACCCUUUAAGUUAUCCGCCAAAAGAUAUUGUAAGCGGGGGAACAAGUAAGAUUGUUAGAUUUCUCAAUAAUAAACUUAUUGAAAGUGAGUUAUUACGAUCGACAUCCGCUGUUUCUGAUAAAACUUGCGAUACAACGAACGAAACUAAUAACUAUGAAAUAUAUGGAGCCGAAGCUCGAAGCUAUAAUUCCGUAUUGGAUAUUAAUGAUAUGGAUAAGAUUACGAAAACUUUAUCUGUCAGAUUUAGUGAGAAAGAUGACGAUUCGGAGGAAGAAUAUUAUGGAAAGAAUAAGGGGAAGUGUCCCAAGCUAGCGAGAAGUAGAUACAAGACUCUGUCACCUCACUGCCAGAGUGCAAAAUACGUGAAGCCCAUUGUGACCGGUAGUAAGGCCGCGCGGGACGGAGAGAUUAUUGAGAAGUGUGUUAGUGAUCUGGCCGUGAGAAAACGUAAAGAAUUUAUGGCGAAAACGGAGAAGAUACUUCAGAGUAGAAAAAACCUGGAAGGUCUUCGUAAAUGGCGCACAAAUUACCGCAACCACCAGCUUCUCGGUGGCGAGCGGUCAUACAAAAUGGACCGAAGUACCAUCCCGUUCGACACCAACCCGGAUUACAUGACUUUCCUGACCCGAGAGGACAUCGAGAAGGACCUCCCGGACAAGUACAAGAAGAAGCUGGUGAAGAGAUGCAGACCGAGCGUUGCCAGGAAGAGCAACGAGGGAGUGCACCUGGCGAUGAAGAUCAAGCAGUUGUUUGAGAAUCUGGAAGCUCUGGAUGUCGACAAGAAGGGAAUGACGCCACGUACGGAACAGAGGCUCCUACUCAACGAGAUACAGAAGAUAACGGAAAUAAAACAAAAGCUAAUGGAGCUGACACUGACAAACUCUAGAACAGUUCCAGCAGAUUAACUUAUAAAUUAUGAUUGAGUCAAAUAAAAUUAUUUAUUUAAAGUAA